AUGAUUGAGCAAGACCUAGGAAUAAGUCCAACCGCAGAAGUCAAAGGGACUAUCAACACUUGCAUCAAGCAUAUUUGUGAUCAGCUUGCUGCUCUUUCGUCUGUUCAGAUUCUCAGACCCAAUCCAAGCUGGACAUCUAUCCCUCAAGAGGACUGGACCAGAAUGUGUGUCAGUCAUUCACACGUGCUCAAGAAUUAUGGAAUUGAUUUCACCAGAUGUCAUAAAAACUGGGCAUCAAUCACAAAGGUUAGUCAGUUAUGGAGAAGUUGUAGAAAGCAACACCUCUCUGCCAAUACAAUUAAUGAAUAA